ACUCUGGAGCAAAUGUGAUGAAUUGCAGGGAAGAUGACAUACCGAGACCGAGAGAGGGGGAGGGAGCUGGUCGAAAUGGAGUGGAUUGAUCCCUUUUCCCACCAAGUCUUCUUCUUCUUCUUCUUCUUCUCCGAGCCAAGAUGUUAGCAUAGCACAUUCAUCAAAAUUUGAUUCAAAUUCAAUAUCUCAGCCAUGGCUUUGAACAUGAAAAUCUUAACUCAAGCUCUGGCAAAGACCGCAGCUGUGAUCGAGAGGAAGGUACAGACCACAGUCCAAGAAGUCACCGGCCCAAGGCCCCUUCAGGACUACAAUCUGAUCGAACAGAUUGGAUCUGGCGGCCCUGGCCUUGCAUGGAAGCUCUACUCUGCCAAAGCCCGUGGAUCGAUUCCAUCACAAUAUCCAAUCGUCUGCGUAUGGGUCCUCGAUAAGCGGGCAUUCUCUGAGGCACGCGCUCGUGCUGGUCUGUCCAAGGCUGCGGAAGACGCUUUCUUCGAUAUAAUUCGUUCUGAUGCUGCUCGGUUGGUCCGGCUUCGGCAUCCGGGAAUUGUUCAUGUGGUUCAGGCAUUGGAUGAGAAUAAAAAUGCGAUGGCCAUGGUCACUGAGCCGCUCUUUGCUUCGGUUGCUAAUACGCUCGGUGCAGUUGAUAAUAUCGCUAAGACGCCCAAGGAGCUCGAGGAGAUGGAAAUGGGAUUGUUAGAGAUGAAACAUGGUUUGCUCCAGGUUGCAGAGUCCUUGGAUUUUCUCCAUAACAAUGCCCACCUAAUUCAUCGAGCUAUAUCACCUGAGACCAUUUUUAUUACUUCUAGUGGAGCUUGGAAACUUGGUGGAUUUGGUUUUGCAAUUUCUGCAGAUCAGACUUCAGGUGACCAGACCAAUAUGCAGCCAUUUCAUUAUGCUGAAUAUGAUGUUGAUGAUUCUCUUUUGCCCCUUCAACCAUCUCUCAAUUAUACUGCUCCUGAAUUGGUUAGAAGUAAAGAAUUCUCAGCAAGAUGUUCUUCUGAUAUGUUCAGUUUUGGAUGUCUAAUCUACCACUUAGUAGCUCAAAAACCACUCCUGGACUGUCACAAUAAUGUCAAUAUGUACAUGAAUAAAUUGACUUACUUGUCAAAUGAGGCCUUUUUAACCAUCCCACCAGAAUUAGUUUCUGACUUGAAAAUGAUGCUCUCUAUAAAUGAUGCUUCAAGACCAACUGCCUUGGAUUUUACAGGUUCUCCAUUUUUUCGGGAUGAUGCUAGGUUGCGUGCUCUUCGUUUCUUGGAUCACAUGCUUGCAAGGGAUAAUAUGCAGAAAUCUGAAUUUUUAAAGGCAUUUUCAGAUAUGUGGAAAGAUUUUGAUUCCCGUGUGUUGCAGUACAAGGUACUUCCACCACUUUGUGCAGAGCUCCGGAAUAUGGUUUUGCAGCCAAUGAUUUUGCCUAUGGUUCUUACAAUAGCUGAGUCUCAGGAUAAAAAUGAUUUUGAACGAUCAACAUUGCCUGCACUUCUCCCUGUUUUGAUUUCUGCCACAGGCGAGACACUAUUACUUCUUGUGAAGCAUGCGGAAUUCAUUAUAAACAAGUUCUCCUUUGAUCACCUUUGGAGGAAUUGGGGUGAGGUGGCUGCUAGUUCUUCUAGAAGAAGGAUGACUAUUGCUUCUUGGAUUCCUCUUGCCGAUGAUUUCAUUAAGUUUAACUUUGAUGGAAUUAUCCGUGGAAAUCCAGGCCUUUCUGGGAUUGGAGGGGUUUUUAGGAAUGAAGUUGGACAUGAAGAACUCAUGGCACCAAAAGUAAUUGUUCACUACCUUGAAGUGACGGCUGCAGAAAAGGAGAAAAUGGGGGGGCUCAAAGAAGCCCUCCUACAAAGCAACAUUCACUGUGGAUGUUUUAAGCCUCCAAAGGCAAAGGUAACUAAGAAGGUUGCCUCAUCAAUCUUGAAGAUCACAAAAUCAAAGGUGGUCUCUCCAGUAAAGGCUACCAAACCAAGGGAUAGAGUGAUUGCCCCAACUCAAAUCAUGAUCGGAACCAUUCCCGUGAAUUUGCCAACUCCUCUAGAAGCACCAAUCAUGAUGGUGACCAUCUCUGAAGAAAGUGGAAAUGACUCGGGUCAUCAAGUGGAAAUGAACUCAUACUUCAUUGCAGCUGAAACCUCGAGUUAUUGA